GGUCUUGGCCUGUUUUUGGCCCUGGACUUUUCCCAGGAGCUUGGCAUUGUUGCUACCACGCCUCACCUCACAGAUAUUUUCUAACCGAAACUGGGGCAAAUGGUCUGAAAACAUGGAGAUGUAGAAGACAUGCUCAUGAAAAGAAGGCAGAAGGCUCGCUCCCGCAGGAGGGUGUGGGGGCUGGAUGGCAGGCGCUCAGCGGGCAGGACAGGGCCACGGCAGCCUCCAGAGAGCAGGCGGAGGGAGGCGCGAGGUGCUGGGGUGGAGGGGGUGGGAAAUGGGCCUCUGGGUGCAUGUUCUGGGGCCUGACAAUGGGGUGACACUGAGUUCAACAGAGCCACUGCCCAUUCUGGCCCCACCCCUCUUGCCAGGAACCGCCUCCCCAACAACCGACCGCAGUGACCACAUCCCCCCAGGUUGCCUUGGAAACACGCCUCAGGACAGGGGAGCUGGGGCACAGUUGCCCAGCAACAGGUGGUGCCCUCCCUUCCGCCCUCAUCUGAGGCCCCGCUCUGCGCCCUUCCACAGGCCGGGGAAGAGCUGCUCUGAAGGGAGAGGGGAGCCCAAGGACAGAAGACGGAGAUGCCGUGGACUCCAGAGCAGCCCUCUGGGCACAUGGAAGGGCCGCCUGCAGCGGAGUCGGCCUCGUGGCCCCCGCUGCCCUGUGGGCCUUGCAUCCCCAUCAUGCUGGGCCUGGCCAUGCUGGCCGCCCUCUUCCUCCUCACCACGGCUGUGCUGGCCGAGCGCCUGUUCCGCCGCUCUCUGCGACCCGGCCCCAGCCCCCACGCGCCCACCCUGGUCUGGCGCCCCGGCGGAGAGCUGUGGAUCGAGCCCACCGGCACCCCCCGGGAGCGCUCUGAGGACUGGGAGGGCUCGCACCCGCCUGUCCCCGGGGGCACCUUGGAGGCCCGAGCAACAGCCCCGCCUGCCCCUUCGACUCCACACGCCCCUCCCAGCUUUUUUGUUCCGCAGAUCCCACCCCAGUCCCCAGCCCCAAGUACCUUCUGGGGGCCCCACGCCUGGGAAGGGAGGCCCCAUGCCCCGGGCCUGGUGAGCUGGGCUGAGCCUGAACAGAGGCCAGAGCCCAGCAUGAGUUUGGGGAGCCCCCAGGCCCGGAGACAGCGGCCAGGGAGCCCUGACCCGGAGUGGGGCCUCCAGCCUCGGGUCACCCUGGAGGACAUCUCAGCUUUCUGGAGGCGAGAGAGCCGCACCAGCGUGGGCUUCUGAACCCCCCGAGCCCGAGGACUGGCCCCCAGAGGCCUCUGAGCAAAGCCCGACUCAGAGCUCCCGCUGGGAACCAGCUGACACCCGAGGCCGGGGGAGGAGGCCGGGCUUUUCACACCCGAUCUCAGUUCAGCUGGGUCUGGUCUGGCAGGCGGGUGUGGACACAGCCGGUGCUGCAGGCGAAGCUCAAGGUGCCUCUGCUUAGCUGCCUGCAGGGGCGCUCCGUGCAGCGUGGAGGUGGGAGGACUCUGGGCCGGAAGCCGCCGGGGUCACGUUCCUGAUGAAGAAUUCAAGGUAUGCGGCCGGCAAGGAUGAGCAUCGCCAGCGGCUUCCGCCUCCCGCGCUGUGUGUCCAGGUGCCGGUGCCGGAGGGCAGGGCGCGGUGGCUGAAGGAGAGCUGCCGGCGGUGCUAGCAGAUGGCAGGAGCCCCGCUCCCGGAGCCACAAACCCCGCCAGGAAAACACAGGCGGAGAGGCCAGACCAGCAAAGGAGCCUCUUUCGGAAAAUGAACCGAGCCUUGGACCCCAGCGCAGAGCGCAAACGAGGGGAGCCAAGCCGGGGAGGCCGCUCUGCCUUCAGCCGGGGCCCAGAGCCGGAUAAACCAGCGGCUCCUCUGCGGUCUCUGAAGGCUGACACCCCAG